AUGUCAACUUCCUGAAAGUAUUACUACUUCUACUACUGCUAAGUGGCUCCGACCAAGAGAAAAAGGGGGAAAGUAAAGCGGCAUCUGCCAAUGUGAACGCCGUGGACGGGAGGAGGUUUUCUUGUAUCAACGUUCGUGCUGCAGGCGCUGUGGGAUUCGGAGGUGUCCUUACGGCUCGGGGCGUCUCAGGUGCCGCUCUUAGGAGUAGUGGAUGUUCGGCGUGACGUGACACUCCGCAUCUACGUGCAGCUCGGCACGCCUAAGGAGACAGCGGGGCCCGGCAAGAACAAGGAAGAAAGACACCAUGGAGCCGGACGGGCACAUCGUCCUGAACACGGACGUGAAGCAGUUGUUCUUUCAAUUUCAGAAAGAUGGAAACCGCGCCCUUGUGAUUGCCAUCUCGGACCAGGCAGCCUUUGACUUGGGAACGGACCACAAGAUUGUUUCAGGAGACGGCGGUCAGGAGGUUGAAAAUCGCCAGGUGCUCAAUGAGAACGAGCUGCUAAAGGAGGGCCGAGCUUUUUCUUUUAUGAAGGCCGUCCAGAUGGUGAAUGCAAAACUGUUGGAAAAGAAUCCUGAGGAGACGCUGCUGUUCGACAUGAUCCUGGUAUCAAAGAGCAGCCCGCAGAGUGGAUCAAGGGUCAUAAAGAGCGUCCGGCAUUACGGUCUGGACGUCUCCAGAUUUUGUUUUGCUGCCAACGUGGACUGCACAAAUUACCUGACGACCAACAAUGUCAAGCUGUUCCUGUCGUCCGAUGAAGAGGAGGAUUUCAGUGCUCUCAGGACAGGUUUCCCAGCCCCUUUGUUGUUCAAGCAGCGAGCCCCCGCCACCUGUGAGCAGCUCAAGAUCAUGUUUGAUGGCGACACCAUUCUUAGGCACAUCUUCCAGGAGAACAAACUGGAGGGGAUUGAUAAUUUUGAAAGUCAUCUCCAGUCCUUCCCAAUCAGCGAGGACCCCCUAAUAAAGUUUGCAGUGCACCUUGGGGAGAUGAGAAAGAAAUUCAGCAUCUACAACAGCCCCCUGAACGUCUACCUGACGACCACCCACAGCGACCGAGAGAUGAGCGCCACGGCGCUGCGCGCCUUACGGGCUUGGGGCCUGGAGGUGGACGAGGUUUUCUUCUUGAACGGCGCCCCCAAGGGUCCGGUCCUGCUGCAGAUCCAGCCGCACGUCAUCUUUGACGACGGCCUCCGUCACCUCUGAGCGUUUGCCAGGUGUGCCUGUCCCUUUGUCCCCUCGUCCCCCUCUCGCUGUUUCUCUUUCUGUUGGCAGUGUGCUUCACUUGAGGUGUGCCACACACUGGCGUUGCCCUAACAGUCACACAGGGGGCGCUGUUUUUAACGCUCUCUUAAUUGGCACGCCGUGUCUUUGACUGUUGUUCUGCUGGGACUUUUUCUGUUUUUUUUUUUUAUUUUCUGUCCACGUCUGAAUUCUUUCUGCUCGUUGGCCUCCAUGUGCCCUCGUUUCUGGAUCACUAACUCGCUUUACACGUCCUCGUGAUGCGCAGUGACAGGGGUUUACGAAAACUGUCACCUGUCAUCUCUCUGACUGCGUUGUCCUAGAAAUGAAGCACGUGGGUUCACAAUGUCGGGAAAACUGCAGGGCGUCCAAAUGGUGGUCCCGUUGAGAAUGUUUUGUAUUUAAUGUCUCCAAUAAAGGCUGUCCAGGGAAUCGGC